CAAAACCCUGUCCAAAACCCUUUCCAAAUUCUUUGGAAGAUCCAUUAAUACAGUAGAAAAAAAAUCGAAACUUUGGCUGCACAUAUGGGUUGAAGAAGAAGAAAAACGCAGUGGGGUUUCUUCUUUGUUUAUGGAGAAACCAAAAAAGAUUGAUUCUUUAAACAUGAGUAAAUUAAUUGGAGGAAAAGUAUGUGAGGAAUUCACACCUGGAUAUUAUGGUGUUUGUGCAAUUGGAGGGAUGAUUAGUGCUGGAACUACUCAUCUUGCUAUUACCCCUCUUGAUGUACUCAAAGUUAAUAUGCAGGUGCACCCUAUCAAGUACAGUAGCAUUUCCACCUGCUUUACGACUUUGUUGAGAGAACAAGGUCCCUCAGCCUUUUGGCGAGGAUGGGGUGGGAAGUUUUUCGGUUAUGGUGUUCAGGGUGCUUGUAGAUUUGGUCUAUAUGAAUACUUUAAAAAAGUAUACUCAAACGUACUGGUGGAUCAGAACAAGAGUUUGAUAUUUUUCGCCAGCAGUGCAUCAGCUGAAGUAAUUGCUAAUGUGGCUCUCUGUCCAUUCGAGGCCAUUAAAGUUCGUGUGCAAGCUCAGCCUCAUUUUGCAAAAGGCCUUUCCGAUGGUUUCCCAAGAAUAUAUGCAUCAGAAGGCCUCCAUGGGUUUUACAGGGGACUUAUUCCGCUAUUGGGUCGUAAUAUACCAUUCUCAAUAGUUAUGUUCUCGACCUUUGAGCAUACAGUGAAUUUUCUUUAUAAAAAAUUAAUCCAGAAAAGGAGGGAAGAGUGUUCAAGAACUCAGCAGCUCAGUGUAACUUGUUUAGCUGGAUAUGCUGCUGGAUCUGUUGGUAGUAUUAUCUCUAACCCUGCUGACAACAUUGUUGCUUCUCUUAACAACAAGAAGGCUAGUACCCUAAAGCUGGCUGUGAAGAGAAUUGGUUUUCUUAAUCUCUUUACGAGAAGUCUUCCUAUUAGGAUAAUGCUUGUUGGACCAGUUGUGACUUUGCAGUGGUUGUUCUACGACUCCAUUAAAAUAUUAAGUGGAUUGCCAACCAGUGGACAUGUAAUCAAAAUUAUAGAGGAAGAUGAAAAGGCUCAAAGUCAUUCAACAUGAAUAUAAUGAGCACACGACUACUAGCAAAUAAGGCCAUUUUUUAUCAGCAAUUACCUCUAUUUGCUGAUUAGUUUGUAGAGUGGAACAGAUACUUCUGUUAAGCUACCUGAAGAAGGUGAAUUUUGUUUUUCAUGAGAAGAGAGGCUCUCUCUGUCGUUCACUAACUUAUACAACGUUGCAGUAAGUUGUAUCUGUGGCCCGGAUAGUUACUCAAUAAUGGGUUUAAGAGAUUCCACCAGCUAGAACCAUAGUUCUGAUCGUCGGGUUUUUGAUGAUCUGCUUUGAUACCAACAAAAUGUUGCUUACUGUUUUUGAGUAUAUGCCAGUUUGCGGUGUCUGACAAAUUUUGAUUUUCCAGUUUCUCGUGGCGGAGCCAAAAUUUUGAUAUGCAUGAUGAACUCAUCUGAUUUAUAUGAUUUCAAAGUUCCUCAAAUGAGCACCUUAUUAUUUACUUAUUGCUUUCAUAUUAGAAACCAUUUUGUGAAGAUCUUGCAUAAAUGCAUUUUGCUCCUGUAGCUUCUUGCCCUUUUA